AUGUCCUUCUUGCCCUCUCUCGAUCCAUUUAAACCGUCAGACACCUCGACGUCGUCUCCCGCAGCCUCGUCUACUGGUUCGUCAUCGUCUACGGACUCAUCGUCGUCGUCCUCGACACCGACCUCGACCUCUUCUUCCACCUCGACCACCACCACCACCUCCUCCUCUUCGACGACCUCCUCUUCAUCGUCCACUCAGUCGUCCUCUUCCCCCACUUCGUCGUCCAGCUCGACCUCCACCAGCUCCAGCACCCAGUCGUCGACCAGCUCUUCCACAUCGACCAGCUCCUCCGCGUCCUCGACCUCAACUAGCACGAGCAAUGGCAGCUCCUCCACUAGCGCCACCAGCUCUGCCACCAGCGCACCUUCGACCUCCUCGUUCAUCUACUCCACGUCAUACAGCACCGUCUACAGUCAGAGCACUGCGCCCGGCGGUGGGGUCGUCACAUACACGCACACCAUUCCCUUCACCUCCACUGCAACCCCUCACACUGACAACGAUGCUACUUCCUCUUCGUUCUUCGACAACAAGGGUGCUGUUGCUGGCGUGUUCACCGUCGUCGGCUUGAUCGGUCUCGGUAUCAUCAUCGCGAUCCUCACCUGCGCCGUCCGUCGUCGCCGUGCCCAGAAGUUCGACGAAGACGUCGCUGAAGCCGCCGCCGAGGCUGCUGCCACCGCCCAUCGCGCCCCCAACUUCAACGACGACGAUGACUUUGACCGCGCCGGCCCGUACUCCGACACCGCCUCUCACGGCACGUACGCUCAGCCGCCGCUGCAGCCCGGCGAGGCGUACAACAUGAGUGAACUCGGUGCGUUCGACCCGUACGGUGCGGCCGGCGCGGCCGGCGACCCCUACAGCGCCGCAGGUGCAGCUGGCAUUGGCGCAGCUGGCGUGAAUCGCGCCCGGAGUAUGGGCGGAAAUGGCACUCCGACGCCGUACAAUGCUUUCGGGGGACCCGGUGGGGGGACUAACGGUUACUUUGGCGGAUAUGGCGCCCAGCCUCAGGGCCAGUAUGGCUAUGGCGGGCCCGCCGCCCCGAGUCACGACCUGCUUGAUGCAGCGGGCCUGGGUGGUGUCGCGGCCGCGGCAUCUGCAGGGCUCGGGCACGGGCCGUACCCGGACACGGGGCUCGCGCGGAACAAGAGCAUGGGCGCGCAGACGCUCGGCGGAAUGAGCUCAGCAUCCGAGUACAGCUCCACGGCGCACACCCAAGCCGCCGCCGCCCAGAACGCGGGAUUGUACCAGGGAGCUACCCAAGGCGCGCGCCCAGUGUCGACGGGCGACCCGUACGCGGCAUACGCGGGCAUGGAGGGCCAGCGCAUAUCCGGGGCGUUCCUGCCGAACCCAUUCGAUACGCCCGCCGCCCCGCCUGCGGCCAAGCCGGCCGCGGAGCUGCCGCUGCUGGGCGCGACCUUUGCGUCGCCGGAGAGCUCUGUGGACCAUGAUGCCGGUGAGGAGGAGGCGAACCCGGGCUGGGCGCCUGAGGGUCAGGAGGGCAGCCGGAUGAGCUUGCGGGAUGACGAGGACUAUACCUUCGGUGGUGGAAAGCGGGUCCUGAAGGUCGCAAAUGAGUAGUCGCAAUAUACAAGGGAGCGCGCUGGCAGGUACCGGGGCUCCGUGCGGCGCGGCAGGACGACGUUAGAAGUGCGCGUUCCCGUGCCCUGCGUGCAGAGUCCGUGGAGUCGCGUUCGCAUUCUGAUAUCCCGAGUUAUUUAUGCUAUGCUUCGUCGCUCGGCGCGCGGGCGCUCGUUACCGUGUCGCCGUUGCCCGCUGAGACGAUUUCCCCCCGUUUGCCUAUCGAACUAUUUGAUUUCGUCUAAAUGCUUUUUGCCGUAUUCGUAUUCCUAGCUUACUCUUCCUAUUACUACGCUGUUUUCGCAUGUCUCUGGCUGUACGCCAUGCUUUGGGUGUCGGUAGGACGUCCUCAGUUUUCGUCUGGGAUGCCUGGACCCUGCCUGCAUGUUUAUGUGAUAACUUUGUGUCUCGCUCCAUCUG